CGGCCCUCGACAUUUGCAUCGUAGACACCGGCUCGUCAAGAGGACUUUGCUGUUCAGCUGUGAUUUUCAAGUGAUUUUGAGAAAUUUAAUUUUAUUACGGUAAUUUGAAUUAAGUGAAGGUUUUGCAUUUUGUUUUUCGCUCGUUUAGUACAAGUAGUAAUCAGUUCACCAUGAUGCACGAUCUGACCGAAUCUGCGAUCCCCUCGCCAAGCCAAAAGUUGGUCGAUUACAGCAAAAAGGCCCUCAAGGGAAUGCCGGAGCGCUUUCUGUUCGAGUGCGCGAUGAAGCUCGCCAUCAAGCCGCUCACGUCGGCGACGGCCGCCGUCCUCUUUCAUCGGUUCUUCAAGGAAGCGGACGAGUCCGAAUACGAUCCCUACAUGAUCGCCGCGUCCUGUCUCUACCUGGCCGGCAAAAUCAAGGACGACCCCGUCAAGAUCCGCGACGUCAUCAACGUGUCGUACAGCACCAUCCACCGCGGUUCCGGCCCGCUCGAGCUGGGCGACGAGUACUGGGCGAUGCGCGACACGAUCGUCCAGGCGGAACUGUUCAUCACGCGCUUUCUCAAGUUUGACCUGACGACGGUGCACCCGCAUAAGUACAUGCUGCACUACAUGAAGUCGCUGCAGGACUGGUUCGGCGUGAAGGAGUGGAACGCACUGCCCGUGGCCAAGAUGGCCGCCUCGUACCUGCAGGACUUUCACCACAGCUCCAAGGUGCUGGACCACAAGCCGGACCACAUUGCGGUGUGCUGUCUGGCGUUGGCGUUCCAGACGUACGGCGUGCAGGUUCCGCUGACCGAGGAGCUGGACGACGUGGCGGCGUGGUACAACGUGUUCUGCAAGGAUCUGUCCCGCGACAAGCACUGGGAAAUCAUCGAGGACAUUCUGGAGGUGUACAAUGCGGACGCGGAAAUUGACGAGGAAGACGAUUAAGGCUGGGUUGAUCCUUGGUGGGGAGGUGGAGGGUUGGGGCAAUACUGGAGAGCGGUUCUGCAUCUCCUACUUUUGAAAUGCUUGAAAGACAUGUUAACUUUUUAGUUUUACUGGAAUGCUUAAAAACUUCAUUAAACCAGUAUAAGAUCAAAUUUUGCAUGCCUCAACAAAUACAAAAGGAAGAAAUCACAGAACGCAGAAUAUUUUCGAAUAUUAAAAGAGUACAACCCAAAAGUAUUACAGAACAUCUAGC